AUGUUCAAAUUCGUCGCUGUUAUUGCUCUGCUCAUUGCCUCCGCCAGCGCUGGUCUGAUUGAGACCCAUUCUGUGGUCCAUGAACCUGUUCUGGCUAAGGUGGGCACCGUUGUCCACAGUGUACCCUCGGCUGUCUCCCACCAGAGCAUCACCCAGGUGCACAGUAAACCAGUCAUCCAGCAUGUCGUCGCUCCCGUUCUGAAGACAACCAUUCAUGCCGCACCUGCCGUUGCUGUCCAUGCUGCUCCUGUCCUCCACCAUGCUCCAGUUGUCCAUGCUGUCCAUGCUGCACCAGUUGUUCAUGCUGUCCACGCUGCUCCUUUGGCCUACUCUCUGCACCAUUAAGUUGAGAUUUGGAU